AUGGCGACUCAAGCGGCGCUAAUCGCCGACACGAUUGUCGGUAUGAAGCGGGCAUUGCGCAGGGAACGCGAUGAUUCGGGACCAGAUGAUUCUAUCGCCCAGCCGACAAACCGCGGCAAUAAGAUGAAGGGAAACGCGAAAUAUGUCCGUGAAGGAGCCAUGGGAUAUAUCAACGCUGAGGAAUUCUACAAAGAGAAGAUCGACCAUGCUGGAUAUACGCGUUUUAUUUUGCAGCGAAAUCCAAUUCGCUAUGACUCCGAAGGCGAUGAACUCGACGAGGAGGAUGAAGAUUCUGAGGCUGACGCCGCCGUCGCCGAAGAGAACCCGUUCUCAGGGAUUGCGCUCGAAACGCUUCUGCGUCCCCUGACGCACCCCUCCGAACUCCCGGUUCAUCCUUCGCUUUCCCAAUCGUACACUUCCCCAGCCCUCGACCAAAUGACGGAGGCAGUCGAGGAAAAGUUGCGCCAGGAGCGGGCUCUUCUUUGGCGAGCCAGAAAUCUUCAUCGGUCUUUUCUUGGAGACGGCGGCUGGAUGCCGUGUGGGCUCCUUGAAACCCUCGACGACCGCUACAUCUUCGAGCCUAAGAUUAUAGGCAAUGGUAAAACUGCUUCUAGCGGCCACCAAGGAUUGAGCGGAUCCGGAACACCGCUGGCUGUUAAUGCCAAUGCACUACAAGAGGACGAGGCGCACACCAACGGACUGGGGAAUGAAAUUCGGGGUACAGAUAAUGAUACGGAGAUGGCCGAGAUUCCGAUGGCCUCUACAGACCAUGCGCCGAACAAUGACGGCCAAGAACACAUCAUGGAGCUCAAGUCAGAAGAGGCGGACGCUAUAGUGACGGAUCUGCCCCCGCAUCCAACUGGUAUGAACGAAGAUAACGAGAAAGCUACUGCAAAUCACGCUGGAGACAAACACGAGAUGGAUACCUCGAAGGAUGGAGAAAAGGCUGAGACUGAAGCACAUCCCGAACAUAUAGAGGGUCAGAGCGAGGACGACAUCGAGCAAGAUGCUGAGAUGCACGAUGGGUCACCUACGCCGCCUCGGCGAAUGACUACUCGUGCCCGAGCCAACGCGAACCAAGAUGCCGGAUCUCCUACGUCUACAGCCGAUACAGCCAGCACCCUUCCAACUCCGCACCCCCUCUUCCUUGUCCCAGAAGGUGUUCGACCCGACGCAAACUUCGGCCUUCCUGCCGCCGAAGCAGAGGAGACCCGCCGUCUGCUGUGGUCCUACAUACAAAAGCAAGAAGAGACGGUGCGUGGCUUCGAGCACAUGCUCGACUCUCUCCUUCGCGCCUGCCACAUGAAGGCCAACGUCUUGGAGUGGUGCAAAGCCGAAGGUCACGUCGGUGAAUUGAGCGACGGCGAAGAUUGGUACGACCGUGAGAAAUGGGGCCUCGGAGAGGGCGAGGAUCUGAAAAAGGGCACUGACGAGGACGAGGUGGAAACCAUUGACGAACGCCAGACAACGGCCAAGCGAGGCCGUGGCCGACGACAAUAG